CAGUACGAGAUUGUACACAACAGUCAAGCAGAAUUGUUAGAAUUUAAAAAUAUACUCUACUUGUAAAACUAUAGUAUAUUUCUAAAUUUAUAAGGAAGAUCACCUGUUUGCUUUGUUCCUAUGUAAAACUGUAGUUAAUAUUUAAAUAAAUUUUACAUAACGCCUACAACACAUAACAAUGUCAACCGAAGGACUUAGCUCAGUUAUAGCUAAUUACUUUGACAAAGGUAUUAUUUUAGUAAUUGCAGACUUACUUAGUCUUAUAACAGUGUCGUCAUGUCUGGUUAUAAAAGUACCUCAAAUAAAUACAAUUAGAGAAAAUAAGUCAUCAAAAGGUAUAAGUGUUAAUGGCUUGUGUCUGGAACUUUUUAGUUACACGGUUAUGAUGUCAUAUAAUUACAGUAGCGGCUAUGAGUUCCUUUCAUACAUGGAGUAUGUCCUAUUAUUAAUACAGGAAUAUGUGCUUAUUUAUUAUACUUUUAAAUAUCAGAAUCUGCUGGGCCAGAAAACUAAAAUUAUGACUGUGGUUUAUAUUAUAAUAGCAACUUUAAUCUAUUUCAAAAUAUUUCCUGUUAUAAUACUCACUUUUCUAGUGGUAAUAAGACAACAGCACACACAGCAGAAUAUGCAACAACAACAAGGGUUUUUAGCACAAAAGGAUAUUUUGACAUGGUUCCGAAAAAUCAAAUGUCUAGAUAAGGAUCAUGAUGCCACAGCUUUUAUAGCAUCGGUAGAAGCCGUCAUGGAACUAUGCUUAUCAGACAAUCAUCAACUAAUGAAACUUGCUAUGACCAUCAUAAUUAAUUAA